AGUUCAAGGCACUAGUCCUCAAUCUAAAAUUGAACAUUCAAAUGGUGUAUAUUUCAAAUUCAUGUGUGUCAUGUGUGAUUAUUACAGCUCACUGUUUUAUAAAAUCACGUCCUUUAGAAAUGAAAUAUACCUUUUGUCCACUAAUGGACCGUUGCCUGGUUUUGACUGUAAAAUUGUGCUUGUAAAAGUAAUUAAAAUAUUAAUUUAAUACAUUUCUGACCAAAUACGAUCGAGUCGUUUUUGUGUCUCAGUGUUUUUUGUUUAAUGUAGACCCUUGAAAGCUUAGUACAAUAACCCCUUUGUGAAUGAAUAAAUUCAACUACAAUACCCAAAGCAACACUGACAUUACAUAUAUUUUAUUUUUGUAUUGAACCAGCUGACAGGUGGUUUUAUAUUGUAAUUGCAGCUUUACGUAAGACGAGAAGCAAAAGGGUUAAUUUCUGUAGAGAGGAACAGUGGAGGAGGAGCUAUGAGCGUGUUUGUAAGUUACACCGCUCAAUGACAGACGACGAAGAGAGACCGCUGCUGACCAAACACGAUUAACCAUGAACUCCAGUGUAAGCAACCCUCCGACGAGCAUUAUGGAACAUCAGAAUGGUCACAAGGAUGUUGACACAAACAGUGUUGAAGACGAACCCCUUCUCAAAGAAAACCCAAAGCGAUUUGUCAUUUUUCCUAUUCAGUAUCCUGACAUCUGGAAAAUGUACAAACAAGCUCAGGCUUCAUUCUGGACUGUUGAGGAGGUGGAUUUAUCAAAGGACUUGGUUCACUGGGACAGCCUGAAGUCUGAAGAGAAACACUUCAUAUCCCAUGUACUGGCUUUCUUUGCAGCAAGUGAUGGGAUAGUCAACGAGAACCUGGUGCAGCGGUUCAGUCAAGAGGUGCAGAUCCCAGAGGCUCGCUCCUUCUACGGCUUUCAGAUCCUCAUAGAGAAUGUGCACUCCGAAAUGUACAGCAUGCUCAUCAACACCUACAUAAGGGAUCUGAAAGAAAGGGACUAUUUGUUUAAUGCAAUUCACACCAUGCCUUGUGUAAGGCGGAAAGCAGACUGGGCCUUACAGUGGAUCUCUGACACAAACUCAACUUUUGGAGAGCGAUUAGUAGCAUUUGCAGCAGUGGAAGGCAUCUUCUUCUCUGGAUCAUUUGCUGCCAUCUACUGGUUGAAGAAAAGAGGCCUGAUGCCCGGACUCACCUACUCCAAUGAACUCAUCAGCAGAGAUGAGGGUCUGCACUGUAAUUUUGCAUGUCUAAUGUACAGCUACUUGGUGAAAAAACCUUCUGCUGACCGAGUGAAAGACAUCAUCACAAAAGCUGUGACCAUUGAACAGGAGUUUCUCACAGAAGCCUUACCUGUCAAUUUGAUCGGGAUGAACUGCUCUCUCAUGAAGCAAUACAUUGAGUUUGUGGCUGACCGGCUGCUAACAGACUUAGGAUUGCCCAAAGUUUACAAGUCAGAAAACCCCUUCGACUUCAUGGAGUCAAUUUCAUUGGAGGGAAAAACUAAUUUCUUUGAGAAGCGAGUGGCUGAAUACCAGCGACUUGGAGUGAUGUCAAAUGUGAUGGACUGUGAAUUCACUCUUGAUGCAGAUUUCUAACGAUGAACUACAAGAAAUAUUAUUUAUUUUUUUGGACAGUUUCAGUAAAACAAACAAAAAACCAAACAAGCCAUAUCAUCUUCAGACCAUGUCGAAAAGACAUGGAAAUCAAGUUGAUCAGUUUCUGAAUAACGUGGUUAUGAAUUUGUCAAAGGGCUCACCAAAGUGGACGUGUGGCUUUAGCGUAUUCAGACCAGACUUGGUGUGUGUUAUGACAACCAUUAUCUGAGGUUACAUGCACAGUUUCAGCACACUGCCACCAGUGGUCAGGAGAUAUGAAAAAAAUUACUUCUUACUGGUUUGGCCAAAAAUCACAUGACUCUGGUCUCUUUAAAUUUGGAGCAGCAUGCCAAGUCGAAUGGUAUCCAGUUUUCCCAUGUCGACCAUUUUGGGCAUUAACCACUUUGCAUUUUGACAAAAUAAAGCAAUUUUUUACGAAUGCAUUGGUAUAUUGUUCUGAAACUUGGUAUGUGUCUUCAGCACAAACUCAAAAUGUUUUAUGAGUUUUUAAAAUUAUAAUGAAAUAAAAUUUAAUUAAAAAAACGCUAAUAACUUUUGAUUAUUUUUGCCUCUUGUCAUAAGACUGGUCUUGUUAGAUUCCUUGGAUUAUGCCGAGAACAUCGAUACCAAUUAUGCCAUAAUCAGCUGAACUUCCUGUCCGCCAUUUUGAUUUACGUUGAAAACCUACUUUUUCAAACUCCGCCUAGACCAUUGUUCCAAUUUUCACCAAAUUCGACCCAAAUCAUCUUUAGACCAUGCCGGCAAAAGGUUAUGGAUUUCGUGUUGAUAGGCAUAACAGUUUUCAUUUACUGCAUUAACUAAUUUGAUGGCAUAAUGCCAAACUGCAGCUGAGGCUGUAUCUCUUCAUAGCUUGGACAUACUGACACCAAACUUUGUGUGUCUGUCAAGAUCACUAGUCACCAUGCCUGUCACCACUGCACACUACAUCUCCCACAAUCCUCCCUGGUUACCACCUGCACUCACUUCACAAUCACAACAGCUGUUUGCCAUCACUCUCAUCUACAUAAGCUAGCACCACACACACAGAGAUUGUCUGGUCUCAUCUCUGUGUAGGACUGCUAUGUGUUUUAUGACUUCAGCUAGAACUGCAUGGACUGUUACGCUUACUUAUCAGUGUGAUCUUCCGUUCUGCCAUUCAUCAAUUUUCCUUCCUUCGAUCCUUGUUUCCUCCAGAUUAUCUGGUUACUACCUGUAAAGCUAAUAGACAUUAUUAUCCGUGCAGUGCAACAGUGAUUUUAAAGGUGUGUAGUGCUACUUACCUCUCUGGACUUCAUCAUUCUUCAUCUGCUCUGGUUGUUAUAUUGUAUGUUCCUUCAUUACUAGUACCGUAUUCACUUGCUUGUUAAACUCACUUUUACACACCUGCA